AGGCAGCUCAUAUCUCAGGUGCAUAGUGAGCAUUAUUUCUGCCUAACAUUUGAGGACAGUAGUUCCCAUGCGUGACAUCUCUGCUAAAAAUAAAACAUGCUAGGAUGUCUUCCCUGAACCCAGAGGCAGCACAGCAGACAACUUUUUAGAUGAAGUCUUCUCCUUCCCCACCAAAACAUGGUGGCCUUACCCCCUACAGCCCCUACCUCAGGCAGUUCCAGGGUCUACAUGCAUCCACCCUGCAGAUAAUAAGAAAUCUGAGAAAUGAAUAAGGCAGAGCUGAGAGUGCACAUACUGCUCAGAAGAGCUCAUUUUAUGUCUCCAGCCCCUCCUUUAGCCAAAGUUCAAGUAUCUCCCUCUCUCAGGACCUUUUCAUGCAGCUUCUAAAUGUGAACUUAAGGAUUUGAUUGUUGCCAGUUUGGAAAUGUCCUCUUGAAAAUACAAACCUUCCCUUAGAGAUCGGAAGUGUGGGGCUUAGGUGCGUCCUGAACGAGACACAUCUCCCGCUUAAGUAAUGUCAAUGCCUCAAGACAUUUUCUUUACUGAGGAAGGGAAAGACCAAUUUAACUAAUGGAUUUAAUAAUUACAACCAUUCAGACCAUUCUUCUCAUUCCCAAAUAUUUUGGCUAUUGUAUGUGGUCCUUGAAAUCACAGAUACCUUGCCUGUUUUAUCUUGUCAAAUAUCUAUCAAGGUAAGUUAUGUCAACAGCGCUCUGAGAUCUUUCUUUGAAAAAGAAAUGUUAUAUAGCAGAAGUGUAGUCCUGUAAAAAUCACCUUCCUGUGAUUACUGAGAGCUACCCAUUAACACAUCCCUUGAACACUUUCAAGUUUAAUUAGGCUGGCUUUACCCCACAGGGUGACCUGGGCAGCUCUGGCAUUCAGGGAGAUGAUGCCCAAGAGCCCCACACCAGUGCUGGGCCCCAGCCCAGGUGCAGCCACAGAGGUGAAAAUGCCCUUUUACCAUUUAAGCAUGUUUGGUUAGGGUGAGUGGUUUUACCACAGGGUUUGCAAAGUUCCUGACAAUAGUCACUUAUGUUACAUUUCUGUUUCUGCACCUUGCAAGUAACUUGGUAUAGACAUAGCUCUAGGGCUUGCCUGUGUUUUAGAUAAUAUGUUUGGUGGAAUAACAGGCAAAUCCAUCCUGUUUCCCACACUGCAGAAGCACAUCUUAGACUAGCAACAUAACUUAAGUCACCCCAAACCGGACUGGGACACAGUGGCUUGGGAGCAGCAUGCCAGCAGAUGUUUUCUGGUUGGCUGCUGAGAAGAAAGCUCAGCUGAAGGCAGGUUUGCAGUCCCAGUCCUGCCUGCCCAUAGCAAAGGUCAGCAGUGGAGAGGAGCAGACAGGAUGGAGACACUGGUAGAGGAGGAGCCAGAGUGCUGGGCUGAGGUUAGGUAAGGCAAGAGCAUGUGACAACAUUGGGCGAAUCCCUGCCGGGCCACAGGUACAAAGUCCGCUGUGCUAACAUAUGGCCAUGAGCCAAGAGGUGUGACCCCAGUCCUGACUCAUGGCAGCUCCCACCACCAAUGGGUGACUCAGUCACAGCAGCUUUUUUCUGUGUGAAGUCCCAUCACAGGUGUUCUGACAAGCAUAGGGCUGUUAUAAAGCUUAGUCUGCUUAACACAGACUUCUCUGAUAAUGGUGCCUUUGCUGUGCCUGACAGUUCAGACUCCAUUGACAUCACCAAAAGCUGCUUUUUCUAAUCCUGACAAUAAAUUAAUUUUCUGAGAAAUGGAAGUUAUGAACAUGUAAUAAAAUAUAAUAUAAGAGUCCUCCAGGACCUUCACCUUUUCGAUACCUACAGAACUAAAAUUCACCAGCUACAUACAAACUUAUAAAGAGUAGCAGUUUGGUAUUCUACCCUCUUGUGUCUCUGAAUGGUUCAGUAAGCUCCUUGGUGUUACAGAAAGGCUCUCAUCUACCCCACUGUGGAAUCUCGUCUUCUCCAUUGCAGGAGCUGUGCUGUGAAACUAGAUUCAGCAGGUUUCAAAAGAAACCUUUCCCCUGUUUUCCCAUGAAUUUGCUCAAUGUUGUGACCCAACAAAAGCUUUAAGCCAGAAAUGCUGGCAGAAGGACAGGUCCCACCCUCUUUUUCCCCUCUGCCAGCACAGGUGCUCAGGUGGUGUGGGUGCGUGGUGCAGCCACACAAACACUUGUGGCAGUACAUGCAGAGGAUGCAGAGUGGCUGCAAGAAGAAUGGAGUGAGACUCUUCAUAGGCAACACCAGUUUAACAUGUUUGUGAGACUGUGGUGUGAAACAGUGGUCUUGAGCAGCCGCAUCAGGCUAAUGAGGGCAAAACCUUUUUCUCGUAGAGUGUUUUAUUUACCCUAGGACUGAAAGGCAAUUAUCAUAUUAACCUCCCUUGUAGAUAUGUCUAUCCAGAACCCUCUCUGUAUUUAUUACAAUGGAAAGCAAACAUGCCACAGAAAUGUAAUGGCUAGGGUUAUAUAAAAAAACUUUGGGAUUUGCUGAUUUCCUUAUUUUCUUAUGUGCUAAUUAAAAUCUGUUCCACACCAUUGGUUUAUUCAGUAUCUGUUUUCUUAGAUUUUGGAACCUAAAACCUGCUUUCAGGUUUAAAUAAAAGCAGAACAUUGCACAUGGGGAAACUGAGCCUACUCUUUAGGGUGAUCCUCUGUGCUGAAUUUCCUUGCAGAAUGACAAUAAAGUGCUUGCUAAAAAUAAAAAAUUUGCCUAAUGACUGAAAAGGUUAUUAGGGUAACUCUCACUGCCCAUGAACCAGAGAAGCCUAGGAUUAAAAAACAAAAAGAGAAAGCCCAAGGUGUCCUUGAACAAAUUUCCCCCUGUUGAGACUCCACCUUCAGGGCUGUGACUUUGUCAUGUCCGUAGUGGGAUGGGGUAUUUGGCUGGCUGGCAGAGCAGACAAGGAGUCCAUCUUUGAAAGGGCAUUUGCUGGGAAUCUUCUGUGACGUGGCAAGAUAAAGGUCAAAGCAUUGACAUAGGUUAUGCAUAGAAAGGGCUUCGGUGUGAGAGAACUUGUAAAGCUGUUGUCUCCGGGUGUUUACCUGGGUGCCUAAAUACCUCUGAAAAUCUCUAGAGACAAUAUAGUAAAGCUGAUUUAAGACAUACAAUUAGAUGUAUGUUUGUUGUAUACUAUUCACCCGAAAAAACCCGAGUUGCUGUAGUACCUGUUACUGACUCUGUUCUCUAAAGGAUCUCCUCAGAUUUUGGUCUUCAGUAGCUUAGGAAAGUCAGGAAAUGAUAAAUUCUUCUGUAUCAACCCACAUUGUGUAAGAACAGGUGUAAAAUAAUGCUAUUCAUUUAAAUAAAGUGAUGUUGUCUCUUUAAAACUUCAAAUAGGCAAUAAAAUGGUUCUAUAAACGUGUGGGAACCUGUUCCACCAAAUACAAAGUGGUUUUGUUAAAAAGAGAAGGAAAUGAAAGAAAGGGGAGAAAAUGCUGUCUGUUACGUGAUGAGAUCCUAGUUUUUGUGGCUGUGUUGUGGCUAAGAAUGGGCUUAUGUGUAAAUAUACUGAUAAACCAUACAGACUUUCUGAGAUUGAGAUUAGACACCUUGCCGGUCACUCUUAAAUUCAUGUGUCCUUUCAGUGAAAUCUUUUACUUGGCACAUUCCCUUCUCAUUACACUGCAGUGUCUCAGUAGUUUUUGAAGACCAAAUACAAACAUAAAGGCCAAUCCACUGCUUGCUUCUUACUCUCCCUUCUCCUUUCACUUGCUCAUGUCUGCACUGUUACAUGAUGCUAAACUGCCAUCAUGAAAUAUCUCCUGGAACCUAUUUACUACCAUGAUCAUAAGAAAUACUCUCACCCAGAUAAUGACAUCACCCCAAUAAAAUGAUGAGUGGUCAGCCUCUGGAUCUCUCAAAGCAUUUGGGUUUGAUCUUUCUAAAAAUCUCAGAAAGCAGAUCCAAUGCUUUACUAGUGCAUGUCAUCACACGGAGGACCCCAGCACCCCACAUCAGGAAAGGCACUUCAUGUGUCUGCUUGUAGAAAAGAGACAGAUGAUGGGAAGCACACCAACUCCUUGGAAGUCUUUUCUGCAUCAGGGAGAAGGUUCCCAUUGACAAGCAUUAGCAUAUUCCAGUGAAUCUCACUUUUUUUCUUGAAAUAUCCAGCUUUUUCUAUUACUGUAUUCAGGAGAAUAAUUAUUUAGGAAAAACCUUUCACCUACAAUCCCACCACAAGAACAAAUGAAAGGAAAUGGAAGGUUUAUAGGAAACAUGGGCAUGGUCUGGACUGUUCUCUUUCUCUUUCAUUCUGCCCAACUUUCUUAAGUUCCUUAUAAAAGGACAAAUUAAUAUAUUUUUAAAUUCUGCCACUGGGGAUGCUAACACCUCAGAAUAACCUGCACCUUGAUCUGCUGAGGUUCAUUGCUUUAAACAGUAACGGGGAAAUAACUUGGACACUAACAACAAGCUGCAGCUAAAAGUGAAAGUAUGAAAUAAAAGCCAAGUGUUUGAGCAGCCUCCUUGUGUGAUCCUAAUUGACAUGGUAUAUUGAAGAGCCUUCUAAAAAUUUGCCCAUCAUCUCACUAGCAUCAAUGCUUUUUAAUUCCAGUUACACAGAAUAGUUUUCUCUGGAUAUUUAAGUACACAGACAAUUGAAUCUCAUACCUUUCCUUUUUUUUUUUUCUCUUUUUUUUUUCUUUUUUUUCUCUUCUGUUUCAGCUGAACUAUCUGCACAGACCCCAUGCAACACAGGCAAGCUCACUUUACAAUGCUUAUGGUUAAAAGUUUGGUUUGUUUUCAAACAGAAAAAUGCAAAGCAAGAGAAAGAUACUGAUUUUAAAAAUCAAUUAAUCUGGUGAAAUUUUGCAAAUUCAUACCUGCUAAAUUUUUUAUACUUACUUCCCUAUAGAGAUCAGUGGGAUUGAGACAUGGAUUGGAUUGUGGCAGAAUCUCCUAGAUUUUAUCCCCUGUUUUGAGACUGAUUCCUUCAAUAGUCUUGGGCAAACUUCUUAAAUUUCCAUGCUGCAGCUUCCCUGCCCUUAGGGAGUACCUGCUUCUCUGUGGCUUUUGUAGCUAACAUUUGCAGAGAUGAAUUCUAAAGCUGAAAGACUUCAGUAGACCUGGUCUGCAGGCACUCAGGGACUUGGAUCCAGGCUGCAGGUGUGUUUGUACAGUGCCUAACACACCACAGCCACAGUACAGUGGAUAAACAAGUAUAAAAAGCCAGAACAGCAAUCACCUAUUGGUUUGCAGUGUAAGUAGAACAGCUCUCCUUCCUGUUCGCUCUCAGAAACUACCACAAAGAUACUUCUUUUGCCAGUCUUCGCCAUCUUCCACAUUUCUCUCUCUAACUUGGAGCCUUCUAGUUUUAGAACUCUUAUCUGUACACCCACUGACUCCCCUACCCCUCUUCCCUAUUGAUGAACCUCUGACUUAGCAGUAUGAGGAUGUCUCUUAUGUUUUACAUGCCCAGACCAAAACAGUCGGAGGACAAGAAUAAAUUAUUAUGAAGAACCAUCUGAUACAAACUGCCAGUGCUUCCUCUGCAGAAUCUACUCUAGUUUAUGGUUUGUCAUGAACAGGUUAAUACACUUCUUCUUGCACAUGGGGUUGCCCUGAGGUUGUUGCCCUGAGCCUGUGUGCUGCUUGGAUGGAGAUUUGGACUAAGCUUUACUAUAUGGGGGGGUGCGGAGAUAGGAAUGGCAAUACCAGUAAAAACAACUGGAAAAGGACUGAAAGCUGUAAUUGUUUUGCUUCUGCAAUAUGUUGUUUGCUUUUCACCUCCUUUAGGCAGUGUCCUUUCCCUGAAAUUAGCCAUCUUCCAAGGCAUGCCCCGCUCCCUCUUCUCCCGCCGGCUGGCUGUGCACACUAUUUGCCAACCAGGCAAAUCCAUCAUCCAAAGAGUGUUUCGGAGUGGUUCCUCCUCUUGGCUGCUUGAGAAGGUUUUAUCAGGCUGUGAAUGAGUUUGACACCAUGACCGCUGAGGACUCCACUGCAAGGAUGAGCAAUGAUUCCACCAAUGUGUCUACCACAAAAGUCCCUGAAGGCGUUGCUGGUGCACCCAAUGAGGCAGCUCUGCUGGCGCUCAUGGCCCGCACUGGAUAUAGCAUGAUCCAGGAGAAUGGGCAACGCAAGUACGGUGGCCCUCCUCCGGGCUGGGACGGCCUGCACCCUCCUCGCGGCUGUGAAGUCUUCGUGGGCAAAAUCCCCCGUGAUGUCUAUGAAGAUGAGCUGGUCCCCGUGUUCGAGUCUGUUGGCCGCAUCUACGAAAUGCGCUUGAUGAUGGACUUCGAUGGGAAGAACCGCGGGUACGCCUUCGUGAUGUACACACAGAAGCACGAGGCAAAGCGCGCAGUCAGGGAGCUGAAUAACUAUGAAAUCCGCCCCGGCAGGCUGCUGGGUGUGUGCUGCAGCGUGGAUAACUGCCGGCUCUUCAUUGGAGGCAUUCCCAAGAUGAAGAAGAGAGAGGAGAUCCUGGAAGAGAUCGCCAAGGUGACAGAAGGUGUGCUGGAUGUCAUUGUGUACGCCAGCGCUGCAGACAAGAUGAAAAACAGAGGUUUCGCCUUUGUGGAGUAUGAGAGCCAUCGAGCAGCAGCAAUGGCCAGGAGGAAACUCAUGCCGGGAAGGAUCCAGCUAUGGGGACAUCAGAUUGCUGUUGACUGGGCAGAACCAGAGAUAGAUGUGGAUGAAGAUGUCAUGGAGACUGUUAAAAUUCUCUAUGUAAGGAAUUUAAUGAUUGAGACCACAGAGGACACCAUUAAAAAGGUCUUUGGUCAGUUUAACCCUGGCUGUGUAGAGAGAGUGAAAAAAAUACGUGAUUACGCCUUUGUGCACUUCACAACCAGGGAAGAUGCCAUUCAUGCCAUGAACAACCUUAACGGUAUUGAACUGGAAGGCUCGUGCCUGGAAGUUACCUUGGCCAAGCCAGUAGACAAGGAGCAAUACACUCGCUACCAGAAAGCAGCAAAAGGAGGGGCUGCAGCAACGUCCGAAGUAACUCAGCAACCUAAUUAUGUUUACUCUUGUGAUCCAUACACACUAGCAUAUUACGGAUAUCCAUACAAUGCCUUGAUUGGGCCCAACAGAGAUUACUUUGUGAAAGCAGGCAGCAUACGAGGCAGAGGGCGAGGUGCAGCUGGCAACAGAACCCCAGGCCCCAGGGGUUCCUACCUGGGGGGAUACUCCGCCGGCCGUGGAAUCUACAGCAGGUACCAUGAAGGCAAAGGAAAACAGCAAGACAAAGGAUACGAGCUGGUUCCCAACUUGGAGUUACCAGCCGUCAAUCCGGUGGCCAUUAAGCCUGGUGCAGUGGCCAUCCCUGCCAUUGGUGCCCAGUACUCCAUGUUUCAGGCUGCACCACCAGCCAAGAUGAUGGAAGAUGGUAAAAUCCACACUGUUGAACACAUCAUCAACCCUAUAGCUGUCCAGCAGGACCCAGCCAGUGCAGCAGCUGCCGCAGCAGCCGCAGCUGCAGCUGUAAUACCAGCGGUCUCAACGCCUCCUCCCUUCCAGGGUCGACCCAUCACACCAGUGUACACCAUGGCUCCCAAUGUGCAGCGGAUCCCCACAGCCGGGAUUUAUGGGACAAGUUAUGUGCCAUUCGCGGCACCUGCUGCGGCAACAGCAACAAUAGCCACGCUACAGAAGAACGCCGCUGCUGCCGCUGCUGCUGCCGCCUAUGGAGGAUAUGCUGGCUACAUCCCCCCAGCUUUCCCAGCUGCCACCAUCCAGGUGCCCAUCCAUGACAUCUACCAGACGUAUUGAGACUGCCAGCAGAGGAGGAUGGCAGAGAAACACACACUGAAGGAACACUUUACUAUUUAUGAAGAAAGAACCGUCUGCAAAAGAGUAAAUAUUUGGGCUUGGUAAACUGAUGCAGAAAGUGAAGAAUGCCAUAGAAAAAUGUGUUCGAAAUAUUUUCUAUGCUUGAAGGUUUCACUAACUUUUUUAGGCUAUUUUUAAAAUUUAACAGGCCUAUAUUCAUACAUUUCCAAAGGACCUCAAUGCAUCCAGCCCACCGCUGACAUGCACUUAUACGCAUUGUAGUGGGAUUGCAUAGGGUCUUUUUUUUUUUUAGCAGUUAUAUUUUCAAUAUAUUUGUGGUAUGAAGGUUAUUUUUUAGUAAUUUCUGCACUCCAGAGAUGUCUAUUUUGUAGUGCCUUUAAUAAUAUAUCAGCUAUAUAUUAAAAAGCACACCUGAGCAGCUAGGGAAAGUUUUAACAAUAUAUUUUGAAGAAUAUAUUCAAUAUUUAAGGAAUACAUACCUUAGUGUUUUGUUUUGUUUUGUUUUUUAAGAAAAAAACAACAUGUAUCUUAUUUAAAAAUUAUACUGGAAAGUGCAAUUUGAAAAAUGUGCAAGACCUCUGCAGUUUUGUGCUGGCAUUAAUACAAUCUGCUCUUUCUUAUUUGAAAUCACAAGUAACUAAUACUGACUGUUUGGGAGAAAGAGAAAAUGAAAAAAAGCCUUCUCACACAUACCUCUUCACAGUGUGACUUGCAGGCUUGUCUUAAGCAAAGGAAAGGCUCCAAGUUUUCCUUAACAACUGGAUUUUCUAUUUAUUGAAGCUACUAGUAGUUGGAAUAUGUGCAGAAAUGAGUAGCAGAUAUUUUACGCAAGGUGUCUUGACUUAGAUCUUCAUCCAGUAUAAAGCCUAGGCUCUUUUUCAAUGCUCUUUAUUUUAUUCUUUGAAGUAUAUGUUGUAGUGACUAAGAAUGUAUGCUGUCAAGAGCAGCCAUGCUCUCACUGAGACGAUAUGCAGCAUUACUUACCUAUUGCUCCAUCAUGUUCCAUGAGAAAUUUCAAAGGUACUAGGUGUGGUAGUGAUACUGGAAUUAGUGAAACAGGGGCUAGCCCCCCUCCCAGCCUCCCUUCCACUUUUAAUUUCCAUUCUCCGCAACUGGAGUUGUACAUGCACAUCGGGGCGGGAGUGAUUAGACCCAAUGAUUUUAAGACAUAGAGCUUGUAAAUAUCUUUUAAUAUACAUUUUUAAAGUCAUUUUAUGUUGCAAAUUUACAUAGUAUGUGGUUUGCCACAAAACAAAAACCUUUUAUUGCGAUAUUAUAAAAAAGUUUGUUUUAUUAAGAAGUAAAUAUAUUACUGCAGUGUUUUGUGGCCUGUUUAAAGGCUUUUAUUUAGUAGUGCAGUGAAUGUAAAACAUAGUAAAAUGGUAAAGAAAUAUCUUGCCCUUUGUAUGAAGUGCAUCAGCUCUGCAAACACAGCUCUGGUGACACAAGGUGCAUAGCAGGGAGUCAGUAAACAAUGUUCCUUUACUUUUUGUGGUAUGAGUACCUACCAAAGGGGUUUCGCAUUGAGUAUAUUUUGAAAACUGAAUCACUCUCAGACUGCAUCCAGCUCAGUUAAGUGACCUUUUUAAUACGCUUCUUCUGCUUGCCUCAAAAUUGAGCAGUUGUAUUUUAGGUGCUCUUGCUCAGACAAGCUGAGCUCCCCUUGACCCUGUCCACCCGUUACCAAAAGCACUGUGAGGUUAACCAUUAGGUCGGACUCUGCCCCUCCACGCCCCUUCCCAGGAUACUUUUUAUUGUCUGUACCUGCCCAUCUGAAAGCACAUCCAGACCUCAGCCCCCAGGCCCUGCCCCUGUGUAGGAGAAGAGGAGGAGAUACGGGCAAAGCCUGGGGAGCAGGAGAGAAAAGCCCCCAGGAGGAGGCCAGCACUGUAUCCUCCAGUCCUCCAGGUAAGGCUUUCCACGGCUCAGCCAUGGGUCCUUAGGCCAUGCACAAACACCCCUGGGGGCAAGAAAAGGCAGUCUAGUACUUUGGGCCCCUGCUGGCCUCCUUACAGCCCCAUGCCAUGGCUGACUCACAGACGAGGGAGGAAGGGUGAUGGCUUCCUUCCCAGUAAUCCUCUCUGCCAGCAGGACAAGAGUCCUGCUCCUCACAGAGGUGGCAGGAAGAGAAAGGAGCCAAUAAGGGCAAACCCUGAUGUGCCCCAGGCCACCACUGGGUGCUGCCUUAGUCAGGGUAGGAGCAGGGAGUACCCAGGGAUGGAGGCAAGACCUGGGGAAUGCAGGCAGCCAGAUCAUGCUGAGCCUCCCGCCCAUGCCUGUCUUUUACACUUUUUUCUAAACCAUUUCAUGUACACUACUACUGAGGUAAGUCUCAUAACUUGAAAUGUGAACAUCUCUAGGUUAAGAACAAACUAUUCUAAGGAAAAAAAAAUAUAUAUAAAACAAAGCCAGUGUGCCUUAUUCUCAAAAGAGCUGAUAUUUUAGAUAUUUUAUUGUAUCUCUUUUCUCUGUAUUGUCAGAAGCCUCUGAGUUUGUUUAGUUCUUGCUCCAUUUACGGUACAUUUCUAGGAUGUAGUGAAUAAAGCAUUCUUUAAAAACA